GAACCCACCGCCGCCGUGCCACGGAGUCUCCCUCCGCCUCCCCCCACCCCCCGGAGAAUGCGGGUCCAGAGGCCCCCAACCCUCCUCCUGCUGCUCCUGAUGGAGGCCUGGGCCGGCCCGCACUCCCUGAGAUAUUUCUACACGGCGGUGUCCCGGCCCGGCCGCGUGGAGCCCCGCUUCAUCGCCGUGGGCUACGUGGACGACACGCAGUUUGUGAGGUUUGACAGCGACUCCGCGAACCGGAGGAUGGAGCCGCGGGAGCCGUGGAUGCGGGAGCCGUGGGUGGAGCAGGAGGACCCGCGCUAUUGGGACGUGGAGACCUGGAACAUCAAGGAAACCGCACAGGCUUUCCGUGCGAACAUGAGGAACCUGCGGGAAUACUACAACCAGAGCUCGGACGGGUCUCACACGUUCCAGUGGAUGUACGGCUGCGAAAUGGGGCCGGACAGGCGCUUCCUGCGCGGUUAUGACCAGUUCGCUUACGACGGCGCCGACUACAUCUACCUGAACGAGGACCUGAGCUCCUGGACCGCGGCCAGCGCGGCGGCUCAGUAUUCCCGGCAAAGAUACGAGGACGUGGAUGAGGCGGAGGUGCAGAGGAACUACCUGGAGAGGGUGUGCAUGGAUUGGCUCCGCAAAUACCUGGAGAAAGGGAAGGACAUUCUGCUGCGCACAGACCCUCCAAAGGCACACGUGAGCCACCACCCCGUCUCUGCCCAUGAGGUCACCCUGAGGUGCUGGGCGCUGGGCUUCUACCCUGCGGACAUCAGCCUGACCUGGCAGCGUGACGGGGAGGACCAGACCCAGGACAUGGAGAUGGUGGAGACCCGGCCUGCGGGGGACGGCACCUUCCAGAAGUGGGCGGCCGUGGGGGUGCCCCCUGGAGAGGAGCACAGAUACACGUGCCAUGUGCAGCACGAGGGGCUGCCCGAGCCCCUGACCCUGAGAUGGGAGCCGCCUCCUCAGACCUUCAUCUUCAUCAUCCUGGGCAUCGCUGGGGGCCUGGUCCUGCUGGGAGCUGUGGCUGGAGCUGUGAUGUGGGGGAGGAGGCGCUCAGGUGGAAAAGGAGGGAGCUACGCGCAGGCUGCCAUCUCCUGUCUUGGGGGCUCUGACCACAUCCUGUCUUGUUCUACCCCAGACAGUGACAGUUCCCUGGGCUCUGAUGUGUCUCUCAAGGCUUCUAAAGCCUGAGGCAUGUGCCUUGUGAGGACUGAGUGAUGAAAGAUAUGCUCAGGCCCCAACUUCCUGCCUCAAGAAGUAGAUAGACCUGUGGACUGAAGGGUCCCAGGUUCCAUUCUGGUCAAGGGCAUGCACCUUGCUUGCGGGCACAUCUCUAGAAGGAGAUAGCUGAUCGAUGUUUCUAAGGCCUGCACUCCCUGAUCUAUACCCCCCCAG